AUGUCCAAGUCGAAUUUCGAAGCUCCAGCAGACGACGCUGUCCCCUCCUACGAGGAGAGCAUCCGGUCUAGCCCUUCUACCCUGAUCCAGGGCUCCAGAUGGAAUGCGCCUCUACACCAGCAGCUAGACGAGACACGUGUGCGAAGAAUCCAUUCCAUCCUGUCGACAUAUGUCGACCCGCUACUCGCGGAACAAGCGGCUUCAGGGUUGUACAAAAGCGUCCUGCUUCUCAUCCCCUCUAAUGUCAGUUCCCUGCGCAACGAGUUAAAAUCAGACCCGUACUCUCCGCCCAAGGAGCCCGAGGUUGUUGGUUUUCCUUCCAAUGAGGUCGUGAAGCUCGUUCGCCUCGAGGGAGAAGAGCAUACUCUGGAGUUCUGGCGACAGCCCGCAGUCCUGGACGAGCUUGGGUCUUCUCUGCGAGCCAGACUGGCCCUCAGCGGGCAUCGAGUGGAGGCGGAGCCAGAUCCAUCAGUACCAGAGCCAGCGCCAGAAUCCCAGAUAUCAUCGAUAUCCAACCCCACGACCACGAAAAAAUCCUUCUGGGGACGGACAAAGAAAUCCUCCUCUCAAAAGGAAGCACACAUUGUGGACCACAAGCUGGGAUGGCGGUCAGAUGAGGAGAAAUAUGAGAAUGCAAGAGCCCUAUCCAAAGGUGAGGUCCAGGAAUCAGUGUGA